UAGAGCCAUUAAAUAUGUGUACGCUUUAUAAUCCGUCUCGUUUUCUUGAACAAUAUAAAAACAAAUAAAUGCAUCAAUAAACAAUUAGUCUCCAUAAUCAAUCUAUGAAAGAAUAAUGUUAAUAAUCAAAUAUAAAGUUAGUAAACAUGUGAGAGUAAGAGGUAAACAAACCUGUUGUGUGUAAAACAAGCUGAUGUUCCUUGAAAACAGCGUCCAGUAGUUGAUGUUGUCGCUCCUUCUCCUCUUUUGUUGGACAAACUUCCUCCUUGUACUCUGCUAUCGUUCUUUCGCACAUUUUCACACAAUCACAACACUUUACACUCACAUCUGAUCUCUGCUUAGCGACGUGUUGAUCACUUCUGCGUCACUUUGUUAGCAGCUAACAAGCUAAGCUAACUAGCAAGCUAAGCUAGCACGAGAAACGUCAAAGUGCGCUCGGACUAAUGUAUCCGGAUGUAAACAAUUAUUAAUGCUGUUUGGUGUUUACUCUAUUAUGCACGACACAUAAGGGUACAUGUACGCACAGAUUAGGAACAGAAAAGUAGAAAGAACACAAUAACGUCUUUGUCAAACGCCAUUUUGCUUCGUCAUCGUCCUGUUUAGUUCCCACGCGAUGUUGUCAGAUCUCGCGAGAGAAACAUCAAGACCUCAUAGAUUUGAACACAUGCCACCUUCUCGUCCUAUGGCCCGCACUAAAUUCUACAGUAUGUGGAGCUCGAGAUCCUGUUUACUGUGGACUAGCUGUGUGUGACGCCCUGUUUUUGUUUCCAUUUAAAAAAAAAAAGCAUCUAUUGCCUGGAUUUUUGCCUACAAUUUCUCCUGCUGCGUUCGCUUAAUCAACGCAAACAUGAAUAGAAAGACUGGGCCUGUCUCUUUAUCAGCCUUAAGACGAAGGGUACGUGUAGGCGUUCAAAAAAGGCUUCAUCAGAUUCAGAGAGACAUGACAGACAUGACAGACAUGACAGGAAUAGGGGCACCAUUCAGGAUGCCUUUUCAUCUGAUUCAAUUUAUAAUGAACGGGGACAUUGCGGUUGUCCCAAGUGGAUGGUACAAUGAUGGGAUGGUUUUCUGGCCCAGCUAUAAAAACACCGACAGAAUUAAAAGGGCCGUUUUAAAUGAGGAGCAGCAUGAGCCAAACUGGCCAAGAUAUGACGUUCGUGUUGUCCGAACUUGUGACAACUACAAAGACGCAUUAAAAAUAAUGCAGCAAUAUGGAAAGGGCUGCGACACCUCAGACCUGCAAUCUGAGGCAAAGAAUGAGGAGCUGCCAGAAAAAAGGAGCAGGAAGCCAGUCCAUCGUCUCUGGGACUCGGAUGAUAGCGAGGAAGACCCGGGAAAUAGUGACCUCGCAUCUCUGGGGUCGGCAAGCCAAUUGCACAGGCAGACUCCACCGUCUCGCCGAGGGACAGCAAGAGUCAUGAGUACUUGUCAACUCGACUUCUCAACUGGAGAUAACUUUCUAGCACCUCACCAUGGGGAAGGAUGUAUUCAUAUGCCUUCACCAGCACCUGCAUUAAACAUGCAGAGAGUCACACAAGGAACGGCAGUCCCUCCUCGACCAGCAGCCCUCAACAUGUGGCCGACUCAGGAGCCUGGAUCCAGCCUGGCCUACAGGCCAGCAUGGCGAGAGGGAAGAAUGGCCGACAUUUCCUUCUCUGCGCCUGAGUUCAUCCAGAUCCUUAGCCUGCUGGAACAAAUGAAGCACAACCAAGACCAGCUGAUUGCGAAGGUAAACUUCUUAACCAGCGGGUCGCCGAUUCACCCGGGGCCAGAAGUGGAAAUGCUGGCCAAUAUCCAGUUUCCACUGGAACAGUUGGAGGCAGUGGAGGCAUUUGAGGCAUUUUUGAUUGACCCAUCAAAUGGCCCAGCUCGUCAAAGAGUGAUUUCUUCUUUGGCCACCGUUGGCGGCCAGGAUGUGAAGCGGGUGACCUGGAACAUCCUGGGCAGGAUGUUCACAGAUGACGUUUCACAUCGGAUCAAUUGGAAGGGCGUCCAUAACAAAAAGGCCUUUAGCAGGAUGGCUACAAAGACCUUGCUUUUCAGUGCUGUGAGAAAAAAUGUGUUGACAAGGUCAGCCACGGACGCUGAGGUCACCAAACACGCCAUCAGGUGGUUCAACUUGGCGGGGGAUCGGGCAACGAGGAGACGAGUCCCGCCUCCACCUCCUCAGGAGGAAUAG